UCCAUGAUCUUUCACGCCCUACUGUUUUGGCAAUUUGGCGCCAAUUUAACAGUUACCUUCAUCACGAUAGAGCUAAACACCAAAAGAGCACACAUAGGUAGUAGCUAAGGAAGAGAGGUGAUAAUGGAUUCAGGUUCAGGUGAAGCGGGCGGGUCAGGUACCUUGGACGAUUUCGAAACCCUGGUUUCGACCACCGACGCAGAGCUCUUGAAGCGAGCAUGGCGGAACGAGAAGGGUGCUCCCGAAAUCCUUCGAUUUGAGGCUGCUCUUGUCCAAAGAUCUCGCGAACAGAUCCAAUUGAUGGAGGAAACAGUGGAGGAUUACACAAAAACUGGCAUCGAUCCACUCACAGUAUCUCUUUACCAGAUGGACGUGGACAGAACCAUGUAUUUGUUAAGAUCAUAUUUGAGAACUCGUCUUCAAAAGAUUGAGAAAUACGCAUUUCACAUUCUAAGAACCAGUGAAUUAUGGGACUGCUUAUCUAAACAAGAACAAAAAUUUGCUCAAAGGUCUGCAGAUGAUUUGCAGCAACAUUUGGAACAAUCCGUUCUCUCAAAGUUGCCUCAAGGUUUCAAGUCUCACUUGAAACAAUCUACUGUCAGUGAACAAGAUGACAUGGUCACAGAACCACGUCUGGACCAUUAUGUCAUUUGCAGGAGCAAGAGAUAUUUGGGAGCUUUUCAGCUCGAUGACAGCGUUGAGGAGCCGGUGAGCAUUGAAGCUGACGAUUUAUACGCCUUGCCGUACAAGUCGAUUAAGCCACUUGUUGAAAAUGGGCAGAUGGAUAUUGUUUGAACCAUUCUAGAGCAUGUAGUGCCCAUCUUUGUACUGUCAAAUGUAACUUACGGCCUACUGGCUGGUUGAAGCAAGAAUAGGCAGAGCCAGCUUCGAGGAACCUAACGAGAAACUUUAGUUGUAUUGUUGUUUUGUCAAGGGUUCUGUAAUUUGUAGUUAGUACUUAGUGGGGUACUGGGGUAUACUGGAAACACAUACUCGGAAUAGAGAGGUUCUGUAAACUAUUCAACCACAACAGGGAUAAAUCUAGAUUGCAAGUUCAUUUUCACAAAAAACAAUUAUACAGCUAUGAACUACCUCUAUUCACUUCCACU